AUGGCACCCACAACCGAUCGCCAGCUCGAGGUUGCCAACCCCCAGGCUCAGGAGCCCAUUCAGAUGACGCAGCCAAGCUCGCAGCAAGCUAUGGACCCCCAACAAGCUCAUCCUCACACGGAAGAGCCAGAGAUGAACCUCCGUGGCGGCGAGGAUUGUGGCGGCUGGUGCCGUGGCCGCUUCUGCUUCAUUCCUUUCUACAUCGGCCUUCCCCAGCCCGGUCCCAAUCUAGGCUUCGCCGAAGCGCAGGGAGUUGCGACUGCAGCCAACAUCAAGGCGAGGUACUUGAUCCCGCCAUUUGACCGCAAAAGGGUCUUCGGAACUGAAAAUGACAUACGCUCAACGGGACGUCUCUGA